ACGCGCUUCCUCUCGCCCUCGCUCCUCCGCCGCCGCCGCCGCCGCAUCAAGCCCCCGCCCCGCCGUCGCCUGAGGUAGACACCAAUCCGCCGCCAUGGGGCGUAUGCACAGCCGCGGGAAGGGUAUCUCAUCGUCGGCGCUUCCCUACAAGAGGACGCCUCCUACCUGGCUCAAGACCGCUGCCUCCGACGUGGAGGAGAUGAUCACAAAGGCAGCGAAGAAGGGACAGAUGCCGUCGCAGAUCGGCGUCCUGCUCCGUGACCAGCACGGUAUCCCCCUUGUCAAGAGCGUCACCGGCAGCAAGAUCCUCCGCAUCCUCAAGGCCCAUGGGCUGGCACCAGAAAUCCCCGAGGACCUGUACUUCCUCAUCAAGAAGGCGGUGGCGAUAAGGAAGCACCUUGAGAGGAACAGGAAGGACAAAGACUCUAAAUUCAGGCUCAUUCUUGUGGAGAGCAGGAUCCACCGCCUUGCCCGCUACUACAAGCGCACAAAGAAGCUUCCACCCACCUGGAAGUAUGAGUCAACCACAGCGAGCACUCUGGUGGCCUAAGUGUGGUAUCCUCCGACAGCUUGUUCUAGAUAUGAAUUUGUGUAAUGCUUCUUAUGUCUCGAUCCGGUUAAAUGGACAACGGACCUCAUCUUUUUUUAUGUUUACCUUGAGAAUCCCGUAAACCAUUUUGGGGUUUUGAAUUGUCUGUUAAACGUAACAUGCAUAUGUUUUGAAGCCUAGGGUGAGCUUUUACUUCACCAUCACUUAUUAUUGUUGCUUGUUCAUA